CUUGCGGCUUUCCGUCGAAUUCCUGCUUUGAGGCCUGAUGCGCAAGGGCUAAAGGGCUGACGGCGGCUUCCGAAGAAGCGAGGCGGGUGGUCACCAGUCUAAUUCACAUCCCGGUGAUCGCGGUGAUUGCGAAAGAGAGUUGUUGCCCACAGACCCCUAGCGGUCCUAAGCAGCCGGUCUUCUUGGUGUACUGUUUUCUUAUUGUGGUUAGAUCAUGGAAAAUCAGUUGGCUAAAUCAACUGAAGAACGAACAUUUCAGUAUCAGGAUUUUCUUCCAUCACUGCCUGUUCCUUCACUUGGAGAAACAUUAAAAAAAUAUCUUGAAUCAGUAAAGCCAUUUGCAAAUGAAGAAGAAUAUAAGAAAACUGAAGAAAUAGUUCAGAAAUUUCAAAAUGGAAUUGGAGAAAAAUUACAACAGAAAUUACUUGAAAGGGCAAAAGGAAAAAGAAAUUGGCUGGAAGAGUGGUGGCUGAAUGUUGCCUACCUGGAUGUUCGAAUGCCAUCACAACUGAACAUCAACUUUGCAGGUCCUGCCCCUCAUUUUGAACACUACUGGCCUCCAAAAGAAGGCACUCAGUUAGAAAGAGGAAGUAUAGUUCUUUGGCAUACCUUGACCUACUGGCAGCUAUUAAGAAAAGAAAAAGUACCUGUUGAUAAAGCUGGAAAUACUCCUCUUGAUAUGAAUCAGUUUCGAAUGCUGUUUUCUACCUGCAAGGUUCCAGGAAUUACUAGAGAUUCAGUCAUUAAUUAUUUUAGGACUGAAAGUGAAGGGCACUCCCCAAGUCACAUUGCAGUGCUAUGUCAAGGCCGAGUUUUUAUCUUCGAUGUAUUACAUGAAGGAUGUUUGAUCACCCCACCAGAAUUUCACAGACAAUUAACAUACAUCUACAAGAAGUGCCACAGUGAACCCAACGGACCUGGGGUAGCAGCAUUAACUAGUGAGGAGCGAACUCGAUGGGCUAAGGCAAGAGAAUAUCUGAUUGGUCUUGAUCCAGAGAACUUGACUUUGUUAGAAAAAAUUCAGAGCAGUUUGUUGGUAUUUUCUAUAGAGGAUCACAGUCCACAGGUGGAACCAGAAGAUUAUUCUCAGUUAACUACAAUGCUUCUUAUUGGAGAACCAAGAAUACGCUGGGGUGACAAAUCCUAUAGCAUAAUUUCCUUUUCUAAUGGACUGUUUGGCUGUAAUUGUGACCAUUCUCCUUAUGAUGCAAUGGUUAUAGUGAACAUCAGCAGCUAUGUCGAUAACAAAAUUAUUGAGAAUGAAGGAAGGUGGAAGGGUUCAGAAAAAGUAAGGGAUAUACCACUUCCAGAAGAACUUGUUUUUACCGUGGAUGAGAAAAUAUUAAAUGACAUCAGUCAAGCUGAAGCCCAGUUCCUCAAGGAGGCAUCUGACCUGAAGGUUGUGGUACAACCCUUUACAUCUUUUGGGAAAAAUCUAACCAAGCAGAAGAAGCUUCACCCUGAUACGUUUAUUCAGCUUGCACUUCAGCUGGCCUAUUACAGACUUCAUGGACGCCCUGGUUGCUGCUAUGAAACAGCUAUGACAAGAUAUUUUUAUCAUGGUCGUACAGAGACUAUGCGAUCUUGUACAGUGGAAGCAGUCAGGUGGUGCCAGUCCAUGCAGGAUCCUUCCACCAGUCCACUUGAACGACAAGAAAAGAUGUUACAAGCUUUUGCAAAACAUAAUAAAAUGAUGAACGAUUGUUCAACUGGAAAAGGAAUUGACCGUCACCUCUUAGGUCUCUUUCUCAUAGCAAAAGAGGAAGGUCUCCCUGUUCCAGAACUCUUUACAGAUCCACUUUUCUCCAAAAGUGGAGGAGGUGGAAAUUUUGUUCUUUCAACAAGCCUGGUUGGUUAUUUACGAUUCCAGGGACUGGUGGUUCCCAUGGUACAUAAUGGAUAUGGAUUAUUCUACCACAUCAGAGAUGACAAGUUUUUUGUGGCCUGUACAGCCUGGAAAUCAUGUCCGGAGACGGAUGCAGAAAAGUUAGUUAAGCUGCUUUUUCAUGCUUUCCAUGAUAUGAUACAGCUGACGAACCCUGCUCAUCUUUAGAGACUAUUUAUUGAUUAUUGAUUAAGCAUUUACCAAAAUGUAUCAUUGAACUGGAAAUAUAUCACUAAACUGGGAGUGGGCUGAUUAUAAGAGAUGGGAGGAAUGUUCACGUAAGAGGAAACUUGUUAAAUGUGGAAGUUAGUAGAAUCAUGCUCUCAAAAUGUAUUCUGCCGUAGAAGGUAGAAAUGUUUUUUAAGCCUCCUCUGCAACAGCAAUGCAAAUUAUUAGAAUAAUGAACAUAGAACUAUGCAAUGUUUAAGAUAUGCCUCAACAAUGCAAAUCUACAAGUUUUAAAAAUGCAAAUUUUGCUCUGAUUUAAAUAUUGUUGUUAGUACUUAUACAGAUUAUAAAUCUUCUCUAUGAACAACAUUGUAGAAUCUAUUUCUUAAGCACUUUAAUAUUUUCUAGUUGCCAAAGGGUAUGAAAUACAUGAUUGGAUGCUAAUUUCUCUAAAAUCAGUGCCUUCCACACUCACCACCUGGAUACAAACCUAUUAUGUUUCUCAGGAAAGACCACUACAGUUUAAUGAUGAUCUAAAAUAGCUUCUGUUGAACAGACAGAAGAAUAGAUCAUAGUAAGAAGAUUUACACCCUCUAACGUGCAAAGACCCCAAACAAAAUUCAUUAUGGUAUAUCAUUGUAAUUACUUUUGUAAAUAUAAAAACAAAGCACUUAUAUUUAAAAUGCAUUGUUAUAGUUAAUGACUUUUAAAAGGUUAAAUUUUGAAUCAAAUUCUUAGGAUGUUUUUCUCCUCGCUCUUUAAUUUUGUAGUUUCUACUCAGAAAAUAAAACUCUCAAAUCCUA